AUGGAUUUACGAUAUUGGCUCUUGCAGUGCCACUCGCUGCUAGUCACUUGUCGCGCAAGGUUCCUGUCUAGCAAUUCUCUUACAACGCUUACAAACCCUGCAGUGCAAUCUCCAAUAGCAGCCGCCUCAAAUGCACCUUCAUUAAGUCCUCCUUCCGUUGGUGCAGACAGCAGUACUAGCAGUGGUGAUGGUGCUGGUACACAUAGUGAUACGCUAACGCCUGAUCCCACAUCACAAUCAUCUGCAACUUGUGUAUCUUCCGGUGCCACAACCAAUACAAUUGACAGUGGUACCGCUGCCUAUGCAUGUGCGGUUAAUGUGAAUACCACCACCGCUGCACCACCCUGCUGUGAUAAUGGUCGGACGAUAAUGCCUGAAUCGGUAGCAGGACAAAGUUUUUGUUCCUAUCAGUAUGAUCCAACACGUUUGGCGUUAAGUAGUUACGGUCGUAUACAAUCUGCGGCUGGUGUUGGUGUUUAUAGUACCGCUUAUCCAUCUACAGAACAGAAUCCUUAUCCUAGUAUAGGCGUGGAAAGUGCACCUUUCUACUCGACUUUGUUCCUGUCUAGCAAUUCUCUUACAACGCUUACAAACCCUGCAGUGCAAUCUCCAAUAGCAGCCGCCUCAAAUGCACCUUCAUUAAGUCCUCCUUCCGUUGGUGCAGACAGCAGUACUAGCAGUGGUGAUGGUGCUGGUACACAUAGUGAUACGCUAACGCCUGAUCCCACAUCACAAUCAUCUGCAACUUGUGUAUCUUCCGGUGCCACAACCAAUACAAUUGACAGUGGUACCGCUGCCUAUGCAUGUGCGGUUAAUGUGAAUACCACCACCGCUGCACCACCCUGCUGUGAUAAUGGUCGCACGAUAAUGCCUGAAUCGGUAGCAGGACAAAGUUUUUGUUCCUAUCAGUACGAUCCAACACGUUUGGCGUUAAGUAGUUACGGUCGUAUACAAUCAGCGGCUGGUGUUGGUGUUUAUAGUACAGCUUAUCCAUCUACAGAACAGAACCCUUAUCCUAGUAUAGGCGUGGAAAGUGCACCUUUCUACUCGACUUUGAGUAAUCCUUAUGCUUUGAAAGAUUCUGCUACCGGCACAGAAAUGACUGCUUGGACAUCAGCUGGAUUGCAGCCCACAACUGGAUAUUAUUCAUACGACCCUAUGUCCGCUUAUGGCCUUAAUUUAGUAAGUGUGAACACAUCGUUACCUAUAUUGGAGUCAUCAGUGACUACAGUAAAACAUUAUCCUAAUGAAAUACCCUCGCAUAUCAAGUUAUUGUUAGAUGGCAAAGCUGUACUAUAG